CGGGACAAGACGCACAGUGAAACAUGAUUUUGAAAGGACUAAAAUAUUAAUUGAUGAAAAUAAUGUCUAAUAAAAACCUGUGGAAAAACAUACAUAAAUUAAUUUGUUGUAGUGCGGCGGAGGGAUAUGCCACACCCGACCGGAUCCUUCCGCCGACGUAGCACUCGUUGCCUGGCGUUCGCCUCGUCGCACGAACUACACUUUGCUGCGCGCACGAGCACGUUUGGUGCACAUGCCUUUGCAAGACGUUGAUGAGGCAUAGCGGUCUAUGCGACAUAGAGGAGCAUUGUCAGUCGGAGUCAGUACAUCUUAGUGCCCUAUGUUGGAAUAAAAGAAUUAACUGUAGUGCCUCUGAACUAUAAGUAAUCCUGUACGAAUGCCCUCUUACUUUUAUUGUCCUAUAUGUGUGUGUGCGGGAGGCAUGCAUAGAGGCGUGUCCAUGGGCCCGAACAAAUGAACAAACGUGGUAUAACGGCCAGCUUCUUGCUAUUAGAGACUCCCCAGCGUGGUUAUAUGUUCAGUGGUCACAGGGGCCGAACGGCCCACACCCAGCUAUCCUGAGGGGAAAAAUAUCUGCGAGCUGAUGCCGGGAUAACUAGAAUAGCACUGACCACUGAGCAAUGUACCCUCUGUGGAGACCAGCCCCCAUCAAGUUAAAAGCAGGGGUGGUCACGUCUGCAUGAUUACAUGGUAUCCGUGUUGUUGUGUUCUACACCUAACCACGCACAAGAUGGUCUUUAUUUAUUUAUCGUGGUGACCAUUAACACCGUAUCCAUUUUCCGUGCAGCCCCAGACGUACACAACACACAAGUCAUUCACCACAUUGCCACAUAUACACACCAUAGCCACCAACUUAAUCUACCUAAAUAUUCCACUCAAACCGAAUAGUCUAAAUACAUAAAACGGGUGAAGUCUUAUCCCUCCGUAUGCGCAAUUUUAGGUAGAUGCCCAAAACAUUGCAUUGUAGAUACAGUUUUAAAGGUUUUUAUUAAUUGACUGUAAUUAUUGAUAGAGAUUCUAAUUUAUACUUUUUUAUCAUCAGACAUCGUCAAGCACCAUUUUAGCAAUGUUUUGGAUGAAACAAUGUAGUGAAGGCGAGGCAAAAAAAUAGACCAAGUACAUCACAGCAUGCCAUAUCCUGACAGUUAUUAACUUCAUGGUUAAAAAAUUGUGAGGAUUUAGAAGGAAAUAAAGAGAAGUUAUUUAAGGAGAUACCAUGUGGUUCAAACUUCCUGUAACUGCGUACAUGCAAGAUUGCAAAAAUUAGGGCUUUGAUUAUUUUUAUUACUGAUUGAGAAGAGUUGAGUGGUAAGGUGCGCCUUCUAUUUGUUAUAACAUCUACGGAAAUUAUUUGCUUGUUUUAUUUUUGUUAUUAGCUUGUCGUGUUUUGGUAAUUGGUAGCACUGAUUUAUAAAAAUAAUCCUAGGUCGGUAUUUUAAGGUUAGAGUUGCGAUCGAAAAAUUUAAUGGUGCAGGAUCACGGGAGUGUUUAAUUGGUUAAAUUACAAGGAAGAAAAUUAUCGUUUGAAAUACAAGCCUUAGGACUCGGAGGUGCGACCGGUGCGACCCAGCGAGGGGGCCGGAUGCCGCGGCAGGAGAUGGCGGACCUGCUGAUGUGCAACCGACUGGACGAGCUGUCCCGGCAGAUCGACAAGCUGCACCUCGGCUACCUGCACACGGGCGAGAGCCUCGAGAAGAUCCAGCAGCGGAGCAAGCUGGAGGGCUGCAUCGAGGAGUUCCUGUGCAUGGUGCCGCACAGCCAGAAGUUCAGCUUCACCGAGACGGCAGACGUGCUGCGCACCUCCGCCACGGCGCGAGAGGACUUCAGCGGCUACCGCGCGGCCUCCGCGUGGAACGCCAUCGGGGCCUACGCUGCCAACCUCAUGGCCCAGCCGUGGCGCAAGGAGUACCGCGAGCUCAAGAUGUACUGCGGCUUCUACAAGCACGAGGUGGACAGCAGCCUGGUGGGGGCGGAGCGCAUGCUCCUGGCGAUGGGCUACAAGCCCUCCUCGGCGACCACCAUGGUGCUGGAGGGUCCCAUCGACCCUGACCGCGUGUCGGCCGUGUCGCGCGACGCUCUCGUGGCGUUCGUCGAGUGCCAGGUGCUGAAGAGCAUCUGGGAGGAGGUGUCGGGCCGGUUCAGCUGCAGCUGGCUGGACGUCCUGGAGUUCCGGGAGAACCACAUCUGCUCCCCGCAGACGGCCGCGCGCAGCCUGCUGUUCCUGUUCAACCAGCGGCAGUACCAGCAGCAGCAGCUGGCCGUGUACGGCGCGGCGUCGCGGUUCCACCCGUUCGGCCCCGUGGCGCCGCUCGCCUACUGCUACGGCGCGUACGCCGUGCCGGCACAGACGCGCUACCUGCCCGUGUGCCCGGCGCCCGCGACGAACGGCCAGUACCCCGCCGUGCCGGCACAGACGCGCUACCUGCCCGUGUGCCCGGCGCCCGCGACGAACGGCCAGUACCCCGCCGUGCCGGUGGGCCGGCUGGUGGAGCUGGACCCGCCCCCCGCGAGGGAGGACGGCUGGGACUACGUGUACCGCGACCUGGAGAGCCAGGGCUACAGCAAGGACCUGGGCGAGCGGCCCGACGUGCUGGGGCCCACGCUCGCGGCCUUGAGGCUCGGGGCCCCGGGGCCCGACAGCGGCGCCAGCACGUACGACAACGUGCCGUCGACGCCCGCGCGCCCGCGGCCCGACGGGGAGCCUUGGGAGUGCAAGGCCUGCACCUUCCUGAACGCCGGGGCGCGCGACGUGUGCGAGAUGUGCGGCAAGUCGCGGCGCACGGGCGCCGAGACGCGGCCGCUGGCGAGCGGGGGCCGGGAGUGUCCCAAGUGCACGCUCGUCAACGACAAGGGCAGGGACGCCUGCGUGGCGUGCGACUCCAGCCUCAAGAACUCCCCCACCUACAUCUGAGCCUUCGCUGGCCCUCUGAGGCUGUAUCGGUGUGUCGACUUGCGUGGUUCGGUGUGGUGCAUUUGUCAUGUCAUUCAUACACUAUUUUCAAUAAGGAGCGUUAUACCGAUGCCAGAUUACUUGGUUUUCAAAUUCCUUUUAAGUCCCUGUAAAAGUUGUACAUUUGAUUGUUUUUUUUAAAUUCAGAAGUAGAGUUAAACUAACAUACCUAUUAGAUUCAUGGGAUCUGUUUUACAGAGUUUUAAUGUGUUGAAUGCAUACAUGGAUAUGUACGUACGCGAUUAUUUUUAAAUUUUUUUACUUCUACAAAAUUUUUGGUCUUAUUUUUUCAGGCCUAAGCUCUCCAUUUGGAUGGUAGCUAAAAAAAUAUGAAAGACUGAUUUUUUUACAAGCUAGUUAGUGCAAGUUGCUGGCUUGGACUUUGUAAGCACUGCAUUCUACUUUAUAUGAAAAUGUAUAGUUUUUAUUAAAUCAAUUGAACUUUAAAAUAUAUGAUAUUAAAUUAUGUACAUUAAAAGUUUUUUUGUUAACACCCAAGGAUGUGCGAAGUUCGGGAAGAUCAAAAACGAAUAGAAGACUAAUUUUCUUUGACGUAAGGAUUAUUCAUUAAAAAAUUACAGGUUCUGAAUAUUUUCAGUUUUUAUUUUUAAUAGCAGAAUGCUUUUAAAACCAGAUUCAACGUGAUUGUCCAGAACUGUAAAUAAUACCAGUGGUAUUGAUUGCAUUGCUUGUAUUUUUUUAUUGGGAACAGGAUCCGUUGAUCCAUUAUAACCGUCAGCAGUGGUUUGUGUAGCUAACACCCCCUCCCCCCCACUCUACGCUCCCAGCAGUAACUGCGUCAGAGGUCACGCAACUACAGCUUUGGAGGGAAAAUAAAAGGAAUGUGCUAAGAUUUUACUGCACUGUUUCAGAAUUUUCACAACAGCUUGUUUUCAAGAAUUUAGAAAAUAUGGUUCUUUAAAAACAGUAGAACCCCUAUUUUACACUAUUCAAGGUUGUAAAAUGCAGGAAUAUUUUAAAUAUGGGAAAUGUAUGAAAAAUUCUUGUUUACUCAGAAACUUUGAUAUUCUAUGAUCUUAACAUACCAUACACUUUGCAUAUACCAUUUUUAGUAGAAGAGCACAUUGAAAAAUCUAGGAGCUACAGCACUAUUGUUCCCAAUAGCAUGUUGGAUUUGGUAUUUAUCACGAAAGUGUUAUCUUCAUAUGUAUGAUGCACGUGAGAAACACUGGAAUAACGAAUGCAUGUAGGUGAAAAAUAAACAAACAGCGUAAAUUGCAGGAUGCAGAUUGUAGGCGCUUUUUAAUCAGAGGGAAUUUAUUGUAUUGCGUCAAAUGAUGUUAAAAUGGGACCGAAAUAAAAUAGUGCAUUUAAUGGGAAAACGUGAAAAGUGGUAAUGUAAAAUCGGAGUUCUACUGUAGCUAUAUGUUAUGAUUUUAAUGUUGUUUACAUUUCAAAUCUUGCUAUUACAUGAGUCAUUCUUGGUUUUGAAAUUUUUGCUCUUUUAUUCACAAGUUGUGGCAGUUGGUAAACAUGCUAGAUGUUACCACCUUUCCUUAUUCAUUGUGUGGUAUGCUGGAAGUACUGAUAACACUUUCUCAAGUAUUCAUAGUGGUACGUAGCUAUAAAUUUUUCUUAAUGCACUAAAAAUAUUUUAAGUGAUCAACAUAUAUUUAAAUUGAAAAAUGGCCCUCACACACCUCUUUUAAUGUACUAAGUGUUUUUACAGUGUAUUAACAGCAAGAUUACUAUUAGGUGGCAUUUAAAAAUAACAUAAAAAUUUUGGCAUAAGGUUGUUUUUUGUAUUAGUUGAUUCAUAAUUUUUAAAUUUGUAAUUUGCCUUGUUUAAAUUUUAGAAGCUGUUAGCAUUCUUUUAUUUUGUGCCAGUAUCAGCAUGCACUCACAUGUGCUAUUUUUAUCUGUCCACACGAAAAUCUAAGGGCUUUACUAAAGUUUUCGUUUUAGGUCUAUAUUAACUGCACGCAUUAAUGAGGCAAAUACUUUUUAUGCAUAUACCAGAGUAAUUACUGAAAGUAAUUGCUGAGAGACAGUGUGUUGAAUUGGAAGUGUACAAGCAAGUGGAACAAAACAGAAACUAAACAGGACUUUCAAAAUUUUUCACCUUACUAACUCUGAAACUGUCAGCUUUACCAAAAUGUUUGGCAGAGUUUUGUUUCAGGGGCACAUGAUGGAUCUCAUGAGAUUCUGUGUGGAACGGAAUUAAUGUUUGAUCUUCUAUUAUGUUUUUUUUAACGAGUGUUGUUUUACAUGCAUAUAUUAUAUAGUAAAAAGUAGCAAUUUUUGGUAUGCAAAGUUAAAAUAAUGUUUCAAAAAAUCAUUGACUACUAUACAUUUUCGCAGACAUUGUCAAAAUGUCUGUUCCAGAGAUAAAAUUUUAGCUUGUUAACAGAAUAAUUUCUUGAAGCAGAAAUAAUAUAAAUAAUUAUAAAAAAAAAUCUUAACUUUUUGAGAAAACUGACAUUAUUUUUCAGAUCUUUAGUUGUGGGGUUACGGGGCAUGCAAAAGUAUGACAAAUGCUUUACGUAUGUCCUUUUACGCAAUUUGCUAUACAUAUAAAAUACUAUCUUAUAACUACACUAUAUUGAUUAAAUAAAUAUUUUCAUGUAGUAUAAGUUUUUGUGUUUUGUUGAUAUUUUCUAAUUAAUAUAGUGGUAAUUAUUCUAAUUUUUUUUUAUUUUAAUGUUUGUUGAAUUGUUACUGUUCAGCAAUUAAAUCUGAGUUUCAAACAAAAAAAAAUUAUUUAACCAUUAGAGAUUCAUAAUAUUCUGAAAAGUAUUUGCCAGCAUGAGUCUAGUCAUCUACAAUUAUUUUUUAGUUGUUACUCUAUGCCAUUAUGCUAUGUAAUAAUUAUGCGUACCUUUGGAUGUGGGUCUGGGAUUUGAUGUUUGCCUCAUCUUGGGUUUAAAGGUUACUUUGUUUCAUAUGUUUUAAAAAUAUUGUGUUUUUUGUAAAUAUUACUUGAAACAUAACAACAUAAACAAUUAAUUAAGUAUAUUUUAUUUAACAUACACUGGUAAUUAAGUUUACAUGUUUACUUCUUCCUGUGUCAUACACUCUAUAGUACAUACCAUAUAAUAUUUGCUGUGUGUUAGUACUUUGUGUACUCCUAUUUAAAAGUGAGCUCUGUUAGACAGACUGCAGCAUAUGUAGUUAUAAAAUAUGUAAAGUGUACAUUAUAAAGUAUGUUUCAUGUACAUAUGUAUUUUCUAAGCCAGGUGUAAAUUUGUAUCCUGUUUUCUGCACACAAAUAAUUGCACACUACACUCGAUGCCUUGGUAAAUUGUUAUAUCAAUGUUGAUAAUGAGUUAGUUGAUUGUGUAACAUUUGAAAUUGUGUGAUUGUGUGAAGAGAAUAGAUGGUAGACUAUCAGAGAGAAUGAUGGAUAAAGAGACAAGAUUUGUAUGGUUUAUUUUUAAAAAUUGUGUUCCUAAAACUGUGUAGGAUUAUAAAUUUGAGAUAAGAAAAGUCAAUGCAAGGUAUAUUUUUUCAAGAUAAUAUAGGUAAAAUUUAACUAUAAUGCAAGCUGUUAUUUUAAUUUACAUAAUAUGGGUAAAAGUUCCAUAUCACAUAUUCAAGUUUUAAUCCUAAUGGCAUGAUCCUGAAUAGAUUGAUCCUGUGGUACAUGAUGCUUGCUGUCUUAAAUUAGUACAUCGAUAGAACAUGAAUAUAACAAAAAUGGUAAUGUAACAAUAAAUUAUGAUUGUAUUAUCUAUCAGAUCAACUAAAAAUCUUUUUUUUUCUUCCUAACAUUCAUUGUAUUGCAAUAUUUUUAUGUCCAGGAGCUUUCUACGUACUAAAUUAAAACAGCAAGCAUCAUGUACUACAGGAUCAUGCUAUAUGGAUCAAGGUAUACGUGAUGUGAAACAAUUACCCAUUAUAUGUAUCAGAAUUGGUGAUGUAACAAUGGGGUAAUAAGUGACGUAUAACCAAUUUUGGAUAUUUACUGGCUCUUCACAAAAUCAAAAACUAUUAAGAAAUACUAAUAAGAAAACGUUUUGACACCAUUUUUUCCAUUGUGGCGGGCCACGACAGAGCAACUGAAGGCCCUUCCGAAAAACCUUCCAGAAAGCUUCCAGGCACGGAUUCAACAUUGGGAUCGAUGCGCAUCGCAGACCAAGAAGAUUAGUUCAAAAUUCAUUUAAGCUGAUUACUUUGUAAUACAAUUAUUCACAGUAUUUUUUAUUACACCUCGUAUUGUUGCCACCCAAGUGUUAAAGUGGAACAGAAAUGGAUAGACAAUAUUGAAAGUGUUGGCUGUAUACAGCUUUGGGUGUACUGCAGCUAGUACGAGGUUUGAGGCAUGUGCAGCAAUAGUAUUGUGUUGGGUGUUGUUUGUUACCGAGUUUCUGUGUUAAGUAAAAUAUAUAUAUAUAUAUCUAUA